UGGAUCCCAAUAGAAUUAUUGCGCAAGACGUUGACAUUACAAAGCGUUUUGUUUAGCGAUCGUUCGAACGAUUGAUCGAGGGCUGAAGUUGGAUCGGGGUUUUACAGCUUUUUUUCCUACGAAAAGGCAUACGGAGCUUUUAUCAUGCCGUACACACACGAAGAAACGCAAGAAAUGGAGGGGAGUCCAAAUGCAAAUACAACGAAAUUGGACAAAAACAGUUUGCCUAAAGAAGAAUACGUGAAGAAGAGAGAACGAAACAACAUAGCUGUUCGAAAAAGUCGAAGAAAAGCUAAAGAAAAAAUCGAGGAAACAAAACAAAGAGUCAACGCUUUAUCCAAAGAAAACGAAGACCUUCGAAAUAAAGUUGCACUUUUACAAAAAGAACUGAAUGUUUUACGCUCACUAUUCGCCAAUGGUGAGGUUUCGAACAACAUUCCUAAUGGUGUGAAUGUGGUAUUUACGAACUCUCCUGGUCAGUGUCCCAAUAUUGUAGUAAAAACUGAAGUUCCUGACGAAGAAGAUUGCAGUUAAUCGACAGAAAUACGUAGUUUUAUAUAUAUUAUCUAUGACACUAUAUCGUGAAAGUGGACUUGGAAGUGAACUUGUUGGACAGUAUGAAGCUAUUGCGAAACAUUUGACUGAUCCAUGUCACUAUAAAAAGCUAGAGAGUUUUGGAAUAACGUUUGUAAAUCGUUAGAUUUGCUCGAGGUUUGAUUCAAACUCUAUCUUACUUAGCUUAUAAGUAUCUUUAUUGCAGAAAUAUCUCAUGAAUGUCUUAGACACAUUUUUCUGGAAAAAAAGUGUUUGUAGGAAUUUUAAAGAAAAUAUCAGUCAUCAAUACAGUAGUAAUUUGACACUGGUGUUUUAGUACCCUGCAGAAUCUUACCUCCUCUCCUUUCCUUCCCUCGCCUGUAAAGGAGGUAAAAGGAGACUAUUGUAUAGAACGAGACUGGAGAAAAGGAGACUGCUUGCAGGGUAGUGUUUUAUGGGCCUACUAAUAUUUGAAAAGCUAACAAAAUAUUAGUGAAUGAAUAUUAAUAUUCAUUAUGAUGUAAGCUUAUGUAUAUAUUUAUUAUAAUAAAAACAGCCUGGUUUUUAAUUAGA